AUGGAUACUCCUAAGACUAACCCAGCUUUGACAACGUCUCGUCCAUUAGUGGGCGUUGCUACAAUAUUAUUGUCCAGUUUACAUCCGCAAUGUAUUUUAUUAGGAAGGCGUUUAAGUAGCCAUGGAACUGGUACAUAUCAACUUCCAGGUGGCCAUUUGGAAUAUGGUGAAUCAUUUGUUAACUGUGCUAGACGAGAACUGCAAGAAGAAACAAAUUUGACGUUAAAUAGCGUACCCAAAUUAGUUUAUGUAACAAAUAAUUUGUUUGAAGAUAUUGGGAAACAUUAUGUGACACUAUUUAUGUUAGCUCAAUUAGAUGAUGAACAAGAAUUAUUAAAACUAAAAUGUAUGGAACCGACGAAAUGCGAUGAAUGGAAAUGGGUGAAAUGGACAGAUUUAAAACAAUUGAAUCUAUUUAAACCAUUAGAAACAACUGUCAACGAAGGAUUUAAUCCCUUCCUGAUUGAAAAAGGGACCAUCUUAUCUCCUUGA